ACAGAGAGGACACACUGCAGGGACACACAGAAGAUGAGCUCUCAGACUCUGACUCGCUCUGAGGUGUUUGGACAGCUCAGGAAGGAGCUCUAUGGAGAGGAGCAGUCCACACAGACCAACACACACAUCUUCAUCAUCCUGGGAGCAUCUGGAGAUCUUGCUAAAAAGAAGAUCUAUCCUACUUUAUGGUGGUUAUUCAGGGACGGCUUGCUUCCAGACGACACCCUCUUUGUGGGUUUUGCCAGGUCUAAGCUGACAGUAGAGGACAUCAGAGCAGCAUGUCUGCCUCACAUGAAGGUCACUGCAGCAGAGAGCGAGUCUCUCUCGGCCUUCUUCGGUAAGAACUCCUACCUGAGCGGCACGUACGAUGAGUCCGGCUCCUUCAAACAGCUCGACGGCCACCUGUCGUCUCUGCCCGGCGGGUCCGGCGCCAACCGCCUGUUCUACCUGGCCCUUCCUCCCAGUGUCUACCACCACGUCAGCGCCAACAUCAGGCACCACUGCACGAGCUCCAGAGGCUGGAACAGGUUAAUAGUCGAGAAGCCGUUUGGUCGUGACCUCCAGAGUUCGCAGCAGCUGUCAGUGCACCUUUCCUCCCUUUUCAAAGAGGACCAGAUCUACCGUAUAGACCACUACCUGGGAAAAGAGAUGGUCCAAAACCUCAUGGUGCUCAGGUUUGGAAAUCGCAUCUUUGGACCGAUAUGGAACAGAGACAAUGUCGCCUGUGUUGUUCUGACUUUUAAGGAGCCUUUCGGCACUCAGGGCCGCGGAGGAUACUUUGAUGAUUUUGGCAUUAUUCGAGACGUCAUGCAGAACCAUCUCCUCCAGAUGCUCUGCUUGGUGGCAAUGGAGAAACCCGCUUCCACCAGUCCAGAUGACGUGAGGGAUGAGAAGGUGAAAGUUUUAAAGUGUGUAUCCCCUGUCGAAGCGCCGGAUGUGGUGCUUGGUCAGUACAUUGGGAAUCCUGAUGGAAAAGGCCACUCCAGGUUGGGUUACCAAGACGACCCCACUGUGCCGAGCGGCUCCUGCACUCCAACCUUUGCCACAGCGGUGCUUUAUGUCCACAACGAAAGAUGGGAUGGAGUUCCUUUCAUCCUGCGAUGUGGCAAAGCUCUAAAUGAGAGAAAAGCAGAGGUGCGUCUGCAGUUCACCGACGUUCCAGGAGACAUCUUCGGCGAACGCUGCCAGAGGAACGAGCUGGUGGUGCGAGUGCAGCCGGAUGAAGCCAUUUACCUGAAAAUGAUGACCAAGAGGCCUGGAGUGUACUUCAGCCCGGAGGAGACGGAGCUGGACCUCACCUACAAGAGCAGAUACAAGGAUGUAAAGUUACCAGAUGCUUAUGAGCGACUGAUACUGGACGUCUUCUGUGGGAAUCAGAUGCAUUUUGUCCGCAGCGAUGAGCUGCGGGAGGCCUGGAGGAUCUUCACCCCCCUCCUCCACCAGAUAGAGGCAGAGAAGAAAGCCCCGCUCCCGUAUACGUACGGCAGUCGUGGUCCGGCAGAGGCAGACGAUCUGGUGAAGAGGGUGGGAUUCCGCUACGAGGGCAAAUACAAGUGGGUGCAGCCCCACACAAACUGACGCUUCUCCUCACACAUGCGCUCACGUUCUCACUGAUACCAUGGAUGCAGUAGUCAGAAAGUUCACAGGAAUGUCCACUGUCGCCACCUUCUUGAUUUUCUCUGCAUGUGUGAACGGAGCCACCACCUCCUCACCUUGAUCGUGUGGAAAUGAGUGACGACACUGUAACGCCCUGAUUUAA